AACAGCGAACAUCAAGACCGCAAUUGUCUAUCUGAAGAAGGACUAAGUUGUGCGGUCUUUUAGAGAAAAUGUUUUAAACAGCACAUGGCUGAAGAUCAGAAGCAGAUGCCACAGAGGAGGUGCGGUGACUAUAAGCGCGGCUGAGAAGAGUAAUGCUGAAGUGUAAUGCUUGAACGUGCUCGAUGUGUCUCUGAUACUGCGGGUGGAAAGUUGCGUGUUCAAGGACCAGCGAAUGUAACGUUACAGCGAUGGAUAUGGUGUUGUUUUUAUAUGAGCCAUGAUUCAAUGCUUUUCCUCUUCCUGGUAAGAUUAGCGGAAGCCAGCAGUAACAGUGUUUUGUUUUUUUUCUCUCUCUUCAUCUGCAGCAGCAGCCGGUUUUGUGACAGUCAGCGAUCCGCUUCCCGGUGUUUCACUAACACACAAAAAAACAUUCUGAACAAUUUCUCAGCGGCGUUGGACUAAUUGUUUAUUUAUUUAUAUUUUUUUACGGAGCUGGUAGAUCAGCGAGAGACUGCUUUUUAAAGAUGACGGGUAAAUCAGUCAAAGACAUUGACCGCUAUCAGGCUGUUCUCACAUCUCUUCUGGCUUUAGAGGAAAACAAGUUUUGCGCAGAUUGUCACGCCAAAGGUCCCAGAUGGGCAUCCUGGAAUCUUGGAAUCUUCAUCUGUAUCCGCUGUGCGGGAAUCCAUCGGAAUCUUGGCGUGCACAUAUCACGAGUUAAAUCCAUAAACCUGGACCAGUGGACUCAUGAGCAGAUACAGUCUGUUCAGGAGAUGGGGAAUGCCAAAGCUCGGCGACUAUAUGAGGCCUUUUUACCAGAGUGCUUCCAGCGCCCAGAGACAGACCAAGCUGCUGAGAUUUUUAUCCGUGACAAAUAUGAUAAGAAGAAAUAUAUGGAUAAAUGCAUUAACAUCCAGUCUUUCAGGAAAGAAAAGAGUGAGACAGUAACAAAAGAAGCCCCUGUUGUUUUUAAAAAGAUGAAGCUGAAAAAAGACGAGUCGAAACAAUUCAAAAACAGUCCAAAACAGUCACAAUCUGUUAAUGACUUACUGGGACUAGAUGCCCCUGCUCCUCAAGCUCCCUUAUCCAAUGGCAAACCAAGCACUGAACUCAGUCCUGCCCUCGACCUCUUCAGCUCUCUGCCUGCCACCGUCAGCACCUCCAACUCUUCCAGGAGCACGCCUAGCUCAGGGUCCAUGCCCACUGGACGGGUAGCAGCAUCUAUGCCCGAAAACCUCAGCCUGUUCCUGGAUCCCCCCUCCAAAAGUGAGGACAGUGGAAAAAAGCUGUCCAAGGACUCAAUCUUGUCAUUGUAUGGCAGUACCGCACCACAAACAAACAUGGCUGCUCAUGCUGGCAUGUAUAUGGGAGCAACCCAGAUGGGCUAUGUCCCUGCUGCAGGGUACGGCCAAUACCAGGCCCUGGGUGCCCAGCAGGGCAUGAUGGGGCCUAUGAUGGCACCACAGAUGAACAUACUGGGACAUACUGCUCCUCCGUACAUGGCAGGGGUGCAGGGGGGCGUAAUGGGAAUGCAGAAUGGCAUGAUGGGAAACAUGGCAGCAGUUCCUCAGCCGGCGUAUGGAGCACAGCAGACCCAACAGCUGCAGUGGAACAUCAGCCAGAUGACUCAACACAUGGCAGGAAUGAAUUUCUAUGGUGCCAAUAACAUGAUGGGGUACGGGCAGCCCAUGGGUGGGGCGGCUGCUCCCGGUUCAAAUCCAGUGCUCGGGUCCCAAGAGUGGAAGUGAUGUCAUAGAGAGAGAGUGGUUCAGCAUGUCUGAAUUGGUUGGGCUUGGUUGGCGCCACGACUGACUGACAGCAGAAGGGAAACAGAUUGUAGGAGCAAACACUUUGGAGAGUUGAUUAGAUGAACGCAACCGAAGCACAGCCUCUACCUCCCUCAUUCUCAGAGCCAGAUUCUCAUGCUUGCCUUCCAACAGUCACAUACUCAGAGAGAGAAUAGAAGUGUCAUUCACUUCUCAGCUGAAUGUUACACGUUUCACAGCUUUACUUUUGAAUUUGCCCCACUGACCAACAGAAACCUGCUUGGUAUGAAAGUGACUUUUGUGUGGGCUGUGCUUCAUACUUCACUGUUGAAAAUAUACAAUUAACCUUUUUGGCCCAUAGUGUUUUGCCAAAAAUGUACAGUAUGCUAAUGCAACAGCACCUUUAGUUUCAGUUAAAAAAGCUUGCUUCAUUUCAGAAACAAUUUAUCAUAUAGAUAUGUAUGUAACAGUCUAUAUGCAGUACAUCUCAUCAGAAGCAUGUUUGUAGUCAUAAAUGAACAUUUUAAGCCAUUUUAGGUACCAUUUUUUGUUAAUAAGGAUCUUGAACUUUGAUACUGCUGAAGAAAAUGUCCAUUUUGUGUCAGGUUCUGCAACGAUACUCUUGUAUGGUCGUCUUUUUAACGCACAGGGUACAACUAAGCCACUUUGACUUUGCUUUCUCUCACACUUGCUCUCAACUCAGGAGAAAUAAAGGCUUGGGAAGAUAAGAGUUCUCACGUCCAUCUCAUAGCAGGACAUUUUACAUUCAGCCAAAGAUUUAUUAACGCUCCGCAGUCAUCAUUGGUCUUUGGAAUGAUACAUUCUAGAUGGAUCCAUGCUGCUGUUUGUCGUUUCAGAACAUUGCAGUUUGACCUCAAGAGUGUAAUGGCACCAUUGAUUGUAUUGUGCACUGCUUUUCUCCUCAUUACUGAGUGCAGGGUCACUACUGGUGAAGAGAACUGAACUUUUUGACACUGAGGCUGCAGUAUGGACCAAGAACGAAUGAAUGUUUCUCUCUGACUGCUGCCUGGAGAGCAGAAUUUGCCAUGGUCACUGUGUGAAGUUCAUUCAAAGCAGUCUUGGGGUUUGGGGUUUUAUUGACUUUGCUCACUGUUUGUUUGAGCCCAAUGUCUACUUUAGUGAAACCAAAUGUGAUGAGGUUCACUGUUAAUCUUAUUUCAAACUGGAGCCCUUUAAAACAUGCUGAAAAACACACACACACACCCUUAGCUGGUUUGCUGUUCAGGUUUACUGGGUUCAGCCAUCACCUGCUUGGCCUGGCUCACUGGAAUGCCAACAAGACCAGUUUAAACAAAGUUUUUUUUUUUUUUUUUUCAGGGUUAAGCAGUUGUACAUGCAUUAAACAUGUCUGUGUUUUAAUGUUUAUUUGCAAGUGAUGUUUUUAUCUUUCAUAGCCAUAGAGACUCAAAAUAUUCUGCCCCUCAAUGUAUGACAGUGUAUGUGAUUUGUAAAGGAGUUCAUUGCACUAGGCUUCUCUACAUUUUACAAUAUUUGGUUGCCGUGUUUUUCACUGUAGCCCUGAAUGUGAAGAAUUGUUUGCUAAUAUUAUUACUUAUGUUUGUCAAACCUUUGGCAAAUGUGUGGUCUGAAAUGACACUGUCACUGUGGUCUUGCACAUCACUGAUCUCUACUGGCCAAUAAGUGAUCAUCAGUGAUGUAUAGUGGUGUUUGUAUCCCACCAUUUUUUUCUGAAGGUUUUUUUUCUUCUUCUUUUUCUUCUGCAAAAAGUCAAAAUUUUACUCUGCACUGCAAUUUUUAGGUUUUGUGUGUUUUUUUUUUUUUUUUUUUUUUUGAUUAAAUGGGACCAUUCCUUUCUCAUAUUUAAGCACACGUGAACCUGUAAAUAUCAUAUUUGUGAUAUAACGAGAUUUAUAACCCUUUAUAUAUCCAAGGUUUUAACUUUACUUUAAAACUACUGCUAUAAUGGCACUUCAUGAUAGCAGCUUGUAUGCAUGAUUCGUUCAUUGAGAAAGUUUGAUUAGACAACAUUCAUUUUGUGUGCAUGCUAGACAAUCCAAGAGAGCAAUCACUGGACGUUCAGACUGAUGCCAUAUCAGUGGGCUGAAAAGUAUUGCAGUUGAUUUGAUUUAUCUCGCCAGGUGGAUCUGCUUUCAACUUGAAUGUAUCUGUCUGGUUUGAGUGAUUUGGAUUAGGUCAUUUAAAGAAGAAUGUUGUAGUGCUCUGUGUCGGGAGUGACAAACUCCUGGAGGGUCAGAGCACUUCAGAGUUUAGAUUCAAUCCUAAAUAAACACACCUGAUUCAACUAAUAAUAUCCUUCAGGCUUAUUUGAAAACAACAUGGUUUGUGUGUUGGAGCAGGAUUUAAAAAAAAGGCUCCGGCUCUCCAGGAAUUGAGUUUGACACCCCUGCUCUAUGUAAAGCAAUGGGGUCGGUUUAAAAUUUGCCUUAUAAUACAUUGGCACAUAGGUAAUCCUUAAAGAAGCAAUCAUGCUAGAGGUCUUCUACAGAAUGGGUUGCACUUUAUUUUACAGUAUGUGUACUUACAUGUACUUAUAUUUUACUUACAGUGUAUUUAUCUAAGAAAGUUCUGGUAAUACAACGUAACUACAUGGGGUAGGAUUAGGUUUAGGGGUAGGUUCAGGGUUAGUACAUAGUUAUUACAUAGUUAUUGUAAGUACUAUAAAAAGUACAUAGUAUGUACAUGAGGAACAGGACCGUAAAAUAAAGUGCUACCACAAAAUGCAACUGCUACAUAUACAGUACAGUGCACAAUUUUUAUAUAACACAUGAAAUGAAUGCUUUUGUUUUAAGCUAGCGGUAAAUGUUAAAAGAUCCAUUGCCAUUUUUAUAGUAUGCAUCUCAUUUUUUUUUUUUUCCUUUUUGGAAUAUGGAGGACUUGUUUCCACAGAUGCUUGCAAAUUCAAGGAAGAGACUCCCGACAGCUGUGUAAUGGUUUUUAUCACUCCUUUUGGUGAAACGGUGCUAUAACAUCAUCAUGCCCACAUGACGUUGUCUAGAACGUUCUUCCUCUGUGAACUCUGACCUGAGGAUGUAACAUCACGUAAGUGUCUGUUAUGCUGAAGUGAUCCCAUCAUUGUGGCUCACAGUAAAUGUGUAAUGUGGAUUACUUGCAAAGUUUGUAUUUAAGGUAAUUUUCAGACAUGCAUUACAAAGGCUUGAAUGUGAAAUAAGAUGAGAAAUAAACAUUUUGACUGCAA